CAAUGCCUCCAAACGUGACCAUCAGUAAGAUCACAUACAGCAGCCAGCAGAGGACAGAUGUCAUGUUGGAGUGGUUGGUCCAGAGUAAUGGAGACCUCACAGGGUUCUUUAUUGAGCGUCAGAGUCUCCGUGUAGGCAAGAGUGAUGGUGUUCCUGUCUGGCAGAAAGUGGUAGUAGAUCUGGUUCCAAGCACACGGAGCUAUAAGAUCACCAAUCUGGAUCCUAGCGGGAAAUAUGCAUUCCGUGUGACUGCUGUCAAUCACAGAACCACUGGACAUCCAUCAGAGGUCAAGAGCCCAGCAAACCCACGCUUCAAAGCUUAUUCUGCUGUUAUUGGAGCAGCGAUUGGGGGGAUGCUUCUGGCAACAUUAUCUACAGUUCUUCUCUUCAUUUUUGUGCUGCGGAAUCGUAACAACAGUCCUCGUCUUCACAACAUGAUAUUUGGCAGGUAUAACAGCCAGUCCAGAGAAAAUAUCAACCUCCCAGAGGAUGAGGUUGUCAGAGGAUCAGAAGAGGAAGGAGGCAGAGGACAGACAAAGCCAGGUACGUUUAUCAUAAUUUCUUUACUCUUUAGAAUUCCUAAUUUAAUAAUUCUCACCUUUUUCAGGAACAUCACUGGCCCAGCCAAGAUCGGCCUCAAUGUACAGCACAUCUUCCCCUGACAACA